AUGUUGCCGAGGAGGGUGGGGACAAGGCAGACCAGAAAACGUCGAGGAAGCCCCUGCCCGUGUCCCCGGCGCGGGGGGGUCGCCCCCGAGGUUGUCCGGCGGCAGCGGCGGCGGGAGUUGGACGCGCGGCGGAGCCGCUGCCGGAUCCGCAUCGGGGGGCACCUGGAGCGCUGGUGCCGCCUCAAGGAGCAGCUCGGCUUCGCCCUGCACUCCCAGCUCACCCAGUUCCUGCUCGACAGGUACAGCAACCCCGGUGGCACCCGGAGCUCAGGGGAUCCAGGGGAGCCUGGCCAUCUCCACCCAGCCUCCCUGCAGCGCCUGGUGCUCCUGUCCCAGGGGCACAGGCAGGAAUGCGGCUUCGUGCCCGACGUGCGGCCGCCGGCGCCGGGCAGUGCCGACCCCCUGGUCUGGGAGUGCGUGGCCGGGCACCGCUUCUCCUGGGGGGACCCCGGGGGGCGUGGGACACCCCCAGGAGCACCCCCGGAGCUGGAAGACCCCUUGGAUAAGGAGGAGGAGGAAGAGGAAGAAGGGGUGGCCAGGGCAGAAGGGUGGCAUGGCAGGGCUGGGGGAACAGGUGAGUUCCCCCCCCGCCCGGGGUCACCUCUGUGCCCUCAGCACCCCCUGGGUCCCCACCGUCACCCACCAGCACCCCCAACCCCAUCCCGCUCUGGGGGCUCGUCCCACUGGGAUCAGGGGUUGGGACAACCCCGGGGCCCUUCCCCGCCCUCCAUCCUCACCCUUCUCCUCCUCUUCCUCUCAUGGCCCCCCCAUCACCCCCCUGUCCCCUUCCACCCCCCCAUCACCCCCCUGUCCCCUUCCAGCCCCUCCCUCACCCUCCUCUCCCCUUCCAAUCCCUUCCUGUCCCCUCCAUCACCCUCCUGUCCCCUUCCACCCCCCCCCACCCUCCUCCCCCCCAUCACCCUCCUGUCCCCCCCAUCACCCUCCUGUCCCCCCCCAUCACCCCCCUGUCCCCUUGCAGCCCCCCAGGUGCCCCCAGAGCCAUCCCCCGUGGCAGCAGUGGGCGGGAGCUCCAGCCCCGAGAAGGAGCCUGGGAAUGAGCCCCGGGAGCAGGAGGAGCAGGAGCAGGAGAAGGACCAGAAGGAGGAGGAGGAGGAGGAAGAUGACCUGGCCUACAGUGGUGACCUGAGGGACCAGAGCUACCACCCGGGCCUGGGGGACAAGGAGGGGACUCAUGCAGGUUUUUCCCGUUGCAGCUGCCGGAGGAGGACGCAGGGGAAGGACGAGGAGGAGGCUCAGAUCGGCCCCAAAAGGAUCAGGAAGGCGGCGAAGCGCGAGAUCCUCCUCUGCGACUUCGAGGGCUGCGGGAAAAUCUUCUCCAAGUACCAGUACCUGAACCACCACCAGAAGUACCAGCACGUGCACCAGAAAACCUUCACCUGCCCCGAGCCCUCCUGCGGCAAAUCCUUCAACUUCAAGAAGCACCUCAAGGAGCACCAGAAGCUGCACAGCGACCAGCGGGAUUUCAUCUGCGAGUUCUGUGCCCACUCCUUCUGCACCAACAGCAACCUCCUCAUCCACCGGCGCAUCCACAACGGGGAGAAGCCCCUCCAGUGUGAGAUCUGCGGCUUCACGUGCCGCCAAAAGGCCUCCCUGAACUGGCACAUGAGGAAACACGACGCCGACUCCUCGUGCCAGUUCAUACACCAGAUCAGGACGGGAUCUACAUCCGAUACCAUACGGAUGGAAGCCUAUUCAACCAAAGGCGACUGAAGGCCCACACCAAGACCUUAAACCAUCUUGUCCAGGAGCUGCUUUAUGCUGAUGACGCCGCCCUCGUCGCUCACACAGAAGCAGCUCUGCAGCGUUUAACAUCCUGCUUUGCUGAGGCUGCUGAGCUCUUUGGGCUGGAAGUCAGCUUAAAGAAAACAGAAGUUCUCCAUCAACCUGCACCUCUGGAAGUCCCCCAGCAUCCCCACAUCACCAUUGGCCAAUCAGAGCUCAAAUCAGUCCAGCAGUUUAAUUACCUAGGCAGCCUCAUCUCCUCGGAUGGUGAGAUUGAUGGAGAGAUGGACAACAGGUUAGCAAAGGCAUUUAGUGCUUUUGGAAAACUCCAUAAAAGAGUUUGGUGUAAUAAACACUUGAAGAAAAGCACAAAGAUCAGUGUUUACAGAGCCAUUGUACUGUCUACUCUUUUAUAUGGAUCCGAAUCAUGGGUCAUCUACAGCCACCACCUGCGACUCCUGGAACGCUUCCAUCAACGCUGCCUCCGUACAAUCCUAAACAUCCACUGGUCAGAUGAUGUGACCAAUCCAUCUGUUCUAGAACAGGCAGCAGUCACAAGUAUUGAGGCCAUGUUGCUGAGAACACAGCUGUGCUGGGCAGGGCACGUCUCCAGGAUGAAGGACCAACCACCCCCUCCCUAAGAUCGUGCUCUGGGGUGAACUUGCCACCGGCUGCCGCAAGAGAGGAGCCCCGAAGAGGAGAUACAAGGACUGCCUGAAACAACAUAUCAGCCUUGG